ACCUUUUGGCGGCUUAAUAUUUUACCAACGGAACUGCUGUUUUUCACUCCGUCUUUCAGCUUGAUUAUUAGACGUUGUUUUAGGUUGUUUGUAAAGUACUUUGUAGUCCUUGAGGAUGGCAAACAGAAGCUCCCAUAAACUGGUGAUACUUGGAGAAUCAGCUGUUGGGAAAUCAAGCAUAGUCCUGAGACUCGUAAAGUGUCAGUUUAGUGAGUACCAAGAAGCUACUAUUGGGGCUGCCUAUUUGACACAGACGAUCGUCCUAAAUGAUCCUCCAGCAACCGUAAAGUUUGAGAUUUGGGAUACUGCUGGACAAGAGCGUUAUCAUAGUUUGGCCCCUAUGUACUACAGAGGAGCCCAGGCGGCAGUUGUCGUUUACGAUAUUACUAACCAGAACUCAUUCGAACGUGCAAAAUCCUGGGUUAAUGAACUUCAAGAAAAAGCAAAUACUAGUGGGGUGAUUGCACUUGCAGGAAACAAAGUGGAUCUCGAAGGACAGCGAGCUGUUUCGUUCGAGGAAGCACAAGAAUACGCCGAUAAAAAUAGAUUACUAUUUAUGGAGACGUCAGCCAAAAUUGCAACUAAUGUCUCCGAACUGUUCACUGCCAUAGGUAAUUUUCAUAAAUUUGCGUGAGCAUGUUGCAUAUCAUGAAGUUAGACUUGCAGGUCACCUCUAUACAGUCAGCAGUACGACUUCGCCUUCGGACCUUGGGUUUGUUGCUUUUAGUCUUACCGCUCUUCAACCGACCUGUCUGACAUGGUAGGACCUUGAGUAACGGUUGUUUCAGCCAAUAUAGCCCGGUUGCUUCAUCACGAUAGGCAAGCCCGACCACCACGUCAAGCUAGCAACAAUGGAAAUAGAUUCCUUAAUAAUAUUGAUAUCAGUUGAGUAUUCGAAGAUUUCGUUUUUGCGCUAGAUUCGGAUGGUACUACUCGGGAGUUACUUAAUCAUACAGAACCAUCUAGACCAUCUGGGGGACAACAGCUUACGCCAAACGAUUCGCCUACACAACAAAGACAGUGUUGUAGAUAGUCCUGAUUCGUCCACUCAAUAUUUUCUUAUAACAUGGGUAUAUCACAAGUUUCUUCAAUCCUCCAGUCUUUUACGUCAUUAUUUUUCUUAUUGGUCACAAUUUUACGUAUAUGGGUUGCUGUAAUUCCUGUUGGAGAAUUUAAUUGAUCUUCAGAUCUCGAAUCAAACUGUCAUGUGCUAUGUUAUUUUUACCCAGUAUGCUACAUACUUCCUUACUUGCAUUGGAUUUACAUAACUAUGGGUCAUACAAAUUUAUAAUCUACAUUACUGUUUAAUGAUUUAUUGGAGCCGUUUGUGUAACUAAAAUGUAUUGUUUUUCUCUCUUCGAUAAAAUGUUUACGACAUUCAUUCCACUCGUCAACUCAUGAAUAUCAUUGUAAUAUGUUGUUAUUUUACUUCAAAUGUUUGAUCAUCGAAUCAUCCAACUAUAUCCUCACGCUUUCUCUCUCUAUGCUGAAAUUUAAUUAUUUCUAGGAUUCAGUUUUGAGCAAAAAUAUGCUGAAAGCUCCAUUGAUCUUAUGAUUUCAUGAUUUGUAUUUUAUCUCGUCUAUGCGCAAUCUUCUGUAAAAUAAUAUCGUGUUACCCAUUUUGCUGUAUUGCUUUUGAUUCCGACCAGUUAGUACGGUCGCCAACUUACAAACUUUUCAAUUUAUUUCGACAAGGUUGAAUAUUUGAUUUGAGUGAAUUUAUUUGACUGUCGGUGUGUUAUUUAAAGUAGAUCGAUAAUAUGAUGUCGGUGUAGUCUUUUGGCUCACACUCCAAUAAAGUUCUCCCUUAAAU